AUGCAGACUGCUUCUACAAACAUUUUUGAAAGAAUUGGUCGUUCUCAGGAGCUCAGUGAAUUCAAGCGUGGUCCCGUGAUAGGUUGCCACCUGUGCAAUAAGUCUAUCCGUGAAAUUACCUUGCUACUAAAUAUUCCACGGUCAACUGUUAGUGGUAUUAUAACAAAGUGGAAGCAACUGAGAGCAACAGCUACUCAGCCACCAAGUGGUAGGCCCGAGUCAGCGUAUGCUGAAGUGCACAGUGCACAGAAGUUGUCAACUGUCUGCAGAGACAAUAGCUAAAGACUUCCAAAUUUCAUGUGGCCUCAAGAUUAGCACAACAGUUCAUAGAGAGCUGCAUGGAAUGGGUUUCCAUGGC